AAGAAAAGGAGGAAGGAAGGAAAAGAAGGUGAUUCGGAAAGAGAGUGAUCAUGUCAGGGCGGCCCAGAACCACCUCCUUUGCGGAGAGCUGCAAGCCAGUGCAGCAGCCUUCAGCUUUUGGCAGCAUGAAAGUUAGCAGAGACAAAGAUGGCAGCAAGGUAACCACAGUGGUGGCAACUCCUGGACAGGGCCCAGACAGGCCACAGGAAGUCAGCUAUACCGAUACAAAAGUAAUUGGAAAUGGGUCAUUUGGUGUGGUAUAUCAAGCCAAACUUUGUGAUUCAGGAGAACUGGUUGCCAUCAAGAAAGUAUUGCAGGACAAAAGAUUUAAGAACCGCGAGCUUCAAAUCAUGAGAAAACUAGAUCACUGUAACAUAGUCCGAUUGCGCUAUUUCUUCUACUCAAGUGGUGAGAAGAAAGAUGAAGUCUAUCUUAAUCUGGUGCUGGACUAUGUUCCGGAAACAGUAUACAGAGUUGCCAGACAUUAUAGUCGAGCCAAACAGACGCUCCCUGUGAUCUAUGUCAAGUUGUAUAUGUAUCAGCUAUUCCGAAGUUUAGCCUAUAUCCAUUCCUUUGGAAUUUGCCAUCGGGAUAUUAAACCACAGAACCUCUUGUUGGAUCCUGAUACAGCUGUCUUAAAACUCUGUGACUUUGGAAGUGCAAAGCAGCUGGUCCGAGGAGAACCCAAUGUUUCAUAUAUCUGUUCUCGGUACUAUAGGGCACCAGAGUUGAUCUUUGGAGCCACUGAUUAUACCUCUAGUAUAGAUGUAUGGUCUGCAGGCUGUGUAUUGGCUGAACUGUUGCUAGGACAACCAAUAUUUCCAGGAGACAGUGGUGUGGAUCAGCUGGUGGAAAUAAUUAAGGUCCUGGGAACACCAACCAGGGAACAAAUUAGAGAAAUGAACCCAAACUACACAGAAUUUAAGUUUCCUCAAAUUAAGGCACAUCCUUGGACUAAGGAUUCGUCAGGAACAGGACAUUUCACCUCAGGAGUGCGGGUCUUCCGACCCCGAACUCCACCAGAGGCAAUCGCACUGUGUAGUCGUCUGCUGGAGUAUACACCAACUGCCCGAUUGACACCAUUAGAAGCUUGUGCACAUUCAUUUUUCGAUGAAUUACGGGACCCAAAUGUCAAACUCCCAAAUGGGCGAGACACACCUGCACUCUUCAACUUUACCACUCAAGAACUGUCAAGUAAUCCACCUCUAGCAACCAUCCUUAUUCCUCCCCAUGCUCGGAUUCAAGCUGCUGCUUCAACCCCUACAAAUGCCACAGCAGCCUCAGAUGCUAAUGCUGGAGACCGUGGACAGACCAAUAAUGCCGCUUCUGCAUCAGCUUCGAACUCCACCUGAACCGUUCUGGGCAGCCAGAUGCACAGGAAAAACCACCAGUUUACUUGAGUGUCACUCAGCAACACUGGUCACGUUUGGAAAGAAAAUUAAAAAAGAGGGAAAAAAACCUGUUCAUUUUAGUGUUCAGUUUUUUUUUAUUAUUAUUAUUGUUGUUCUUAUUUAACCUUGUAAAAUAUCUAUAAAUACAAACCAAUUUCAUUGUAUUCUCACUUUGAGGGAGAUCCAGGGGGUGGGAGGGGUUGGAGGGACGGGGAAAGCGGAGCACUAGAACACAGUCUCUCCCACGACAAUCUUUUUUAUCAAAAGUCUGCUGUUGUAUACUUAAAAACAGGACUCCUGCCUCAUGCCCCUUCCACAAAAGAAGACAAUUUUUUUCUAUGCUGAAGUUUUUUUGAACUUUGUUUUCUUUUAAAGUGAAGUCAAGACUUCGGUUUAGUGCAGAGCUUGAAAUUGGUUGGGAGCUUAACAGGUGUAACUCAGUGAGGACUUAAAUGUCACUUGUAAAACUAAUCCAUAUCCUCGGGUCUCAGCAGUCUUGCCUUUGGCAUGUUGGUAGCAGGUGUGGCAGACAAAAAGGAAAAGAAAUGUACAUCCUUUGUAACCCGGGGAGGUCAGCAAUAUUUUGAAAUUUAUUCUAAGGGGAAGAUUAAGAUUCUGAAUGGACUUGCAAAGGUUAGGUAUUGCUCAUAAUCAGUGCUAGCUGUGAAGAAACUUAAAAAGGAGACUAUCAUGGAGGAGCAUGUUCUACAGUGAAUCUCUCCCUGACCAACAGUUCUCUGCAAACCUUAAUGGAGUUUAAAACUAGGUGACCCAAGAGAAAAGUGAAAAAGUCAAUGAGCCAGCCACAAUGACUGUAGAAAUCCAAAGCUGAAGAACUGGAGACAGAGAACAGGUCAGGGCUAGAUCUCACCACUGUGAAUGAAUUCCCCCCCCCCAAAAAAAUGUUUUAAGUUGCUUCCCUUUGAAAGAUACAUUUGAGAGGAUGUUGUAGUUAAAUAAUGUGAACUGUAAUGGUCUACUGGCUGGUGUUUCAUAUUUUUAAAUUACAAAUUGAGCUUGCAGAAAAUACCACAUUCUGCACAUAGUUCUAAUUUUAAAUCCAAAUCUAAUAGCUGUUUUUAAUUUCAGCUUGUCUGUUUUAACCUCAUGCUUUUUCCAUUUUAUUUAUUGAUGUAUGUCAGAUAGGCCAUUAUGAUUUUAAAUAGUAGGUGUACUAAAAACUACACAUCAAAAUGAUAUAAAGUUACUUGUACCUGCUGAUUUAUAGGAAAGCUGAUUAUAUAAAUGUGUGUAUAUGUCAUAUAUGCAUAGGUAUACAUAGAUUCAGUACUGCCCUUUUUUUCCCCACAUUAUCAGGUUUGACUGGUUGAAGCAUGAGAAGACUGUUUCUUCCCCCUCUUCCAUAUUCAGUUUUUAUUUCUGUUUUGUGUAUCAGUGAAUGGUUUAAGAAUCAGUCUUUGUUUUUGAAGAAAAAGCAAUAUUCCUUGGAAAGCAAGAAGGAUUGAAGGAUUACGUUUGCAAUGAGGAAAUAGAUUUUCACAACUAGUUUGUUUUUUUACUUUCAAGGUUAACAUCUAUGUGGGCCUUAUAUACUCUAAAAUGAACCUUAGUCACCUUGGUGCUUAUGGGCCAUUACUUGACCUAUGAAUCUUUAAGGCACAAUCAGUUGUUCUUUACAUGUAAAGAUCCCCUGAGUGAUGGCCGCCUUCCCCUCCUACCUAGUCCUCCUCCACAUACCUUCCGAGGUUAGCUGAUAACUGUCAGGCUGUAGGAUGGAGCCCUCAAUUAUGUAAAAACCUCCUUCCCCGAUCUCAUUGCCCCCUUAGAUCAUGUUCCUGGUCUUGCCCUUCAGAUCAUUUGGAAGUGGAGUCUCUUCGAAGCCCUCACACAGGUCCUGUGACCUGUCCUGCUUCUUAAAGUGUGUGUGACUCCAAGAGAGCACUACCUGCUGACUUAGCCAGUAUCCAAAAAGGCAACUGUGAGCCAACUUAGUUUUCACUCACUGUUUAGCUCAAUUUAGGACACAAGAGGUUUCUCAAACCUCUUGUUACAUCAGAGUUCAUGAGAAAAGAAACACACUCAGUCAAACCAAAUCAAACAGUACUGAAUUUAAUUUUUUUUAAUGAGCUUUGAGAGCUAAUUAAGAUUUGAGAGAAGUCUGCAAAACAUUUGGCAGCAAGAUUCCUCAGUGGAAUGGUUUAAAGAGACCAUUUUUCAAAAAAGAAUUUAUAAAGAAGCUGAACCACAGGUCUGUGACAGGGACGUGGACCUGCUUUCAAACCAAACUGCCCAGUGAAACAGUACAGACACUACUCUGAACUGGGGUACUGCCCAGAAUCCACAGAUAACCUGCUUAUUUGGAAACACUUCCUCCCAUCCCCACAAAAUAGGGUAAGAGAAGAGAGAAAAAUCUGAUGAUUUUCUUUCUUUUUAUAGUAUGAGUGUGAGGGCUGAGGUGCAUGAUUUUUCUUUUCUCAAGUAUCAUGGCGGGAUCACAGAACUCUUUUAUACAAGUGAGAUUCAGGUCUCUGAAUAUCUUUUGUAAAUAAUAAUAAUAAAAAGCUCCUCACCAAAUUCAAGCUUGUACAUUAUAUUUUCUUUCAAUGUUUUUAAAUUUUAAGUUUUAUUGUUUUGUAUGUAAAUAUGUGGACCCAGGAACUGUUAUUAAUGAGCAAAAAGUUACUGUUCAGGGCAGUGAUUCUGUUUAAUAAUCAGACAAAAUGUAGACGAGCUUUUUAAAGCCAUAUAGUUUUAACUCUGUACAGUAGGUACCGGCCUGUAUUAUUGUAACAAUAACUCUAGCAAUGUAUAGUGUAUCUAUAUAGUUUGGAGUGCCUUCGCUUCCAUGUGUUUGGUUAUUUUUCUUUUUUAAAAAAUUUUUAAUUGGCUUCUUGAUCCAUGUCUUCCUGUUUCCCCGCCCCUUUCCCUUUAAAGUAAUAACUCACUCAUAACACAGUGUCUUUGCCCCUUCCACAGUUAGGAUGGAAAGAGGAAACCAUAUUGAUACUCUGAUUUCAUUAAGACCUGCCUUCUUUGUUUUGGUUUUGAACAACUGUUUCCUCUUCAGUUGCAAUGACCAGUUUCUUUUCUUCCUUUCUUCAGCCAGGAACUUCCCGCAGUGCCUGGAGCCCUGGCCCUGAAGGAUAGUGAACAGAUUAGAUUUUGCUCGUCUCUUUCCCCAAAGCCUAACCAUAGGUCUUACAUGCAGCAGACCCCAGGAGCCUUCCGUGCUCCCUCUCCUCUCCUCCUUAUCGCCUUCCCCAAUGAGAGAGAGAAUUGGUUCAUGGUCUCGGGUUUGGAUACUUGAGUGGUUUCAGCCGCUGGCGCCUGAGCGCAGUGUCACGAGGACUUGCUCAGCAGGGACUCUCAGCCCCUUCUCACCGCCACCCCGAGCCAGGAUACGGCUUUCUUAUUUUUUGAAAUCAGUUUCUUUCUUUCUGUGUGCCUGUUCUGAUGGCCUAUUUUGAAAGGAAGAAAAAUGAAAUUAUGUGUUUUGCCUCCAAGUACUCCAUUUAAGAUGUCUUGAGUAGGAAAAAAAAAAACACUUUACCAAACCAAAGGUUGCUAUUUUUGAAAUAUCAUGUGUUCAUUCCAGCAAAGCAGAAGACAACACCUUUUCCCAGUGACAUACGUCCUUAUUUUAAGUCCUUUUAAUUUGUUAGGUCCUUUUAAAAUGUUUGGUUUGUGUUUCAACAGAGCCUGCCUGACCAGUCAUAUGCGUGCACUAAAGCAAAGGUUUCUAAGAGGACAAUUGUAUUCUCUAUCCCUGUGGAUAAAAAAGACACUGGCCUUUAAUUUCUUUUUCUCUUUCCUUUUCAAAGGAUUUAACUUUGGAAUCUUCCGAAGGAAGUUUGGUUAAUCAGAUCCCCAGGAGUUCAGUGGGGGGGUUUCCUUUGUUUUAAACCAAAUUGUAUCUGACUCCUGUUGUUCAUGUUAGUGAUCACCUAAUCACAGAGCCGAACACUUUCUCCCCUAAUAUAGAAAAAUUAAGUAAGCAUGCUUUACAAUAAAAACUGUCUGGUAGAAACUUGAGCCACUGGAAAUGAGAGACAAGUAGAAGCACAGUAGAGUCCCAGACUAAGGUCUGUUUGAAAGUAAUCCCUUGGAUUUGGAUUAUUUUCACAAGGUUAUGACGUUUUAUUCAAGUUUGAUGCUCCGUUUUGCACCUCUGCCAAUAAAAGUAAACUGACAACCAAUACAUAAGGGGUUAGCUUAACAAAGUAGACUUCCUUGUGUUAAUUUAAUUUUUAAGGUUUUUUUUUUUUACUAUAUCUGUCUACAGGCAGAUACAGAUGUAUGAAAAUGUGCUUGCCUGUAAAAUUUGCAUUUAUAAAUAAAUGUGUUGCCGAUGGAUCACUUGGGCCUGUACACAUACCAAUUAGCGUGACCACUUCCAUCUUCAAAACAAAUUUUAAAAAAUCAAAAUUUAUUAUAUAUAUAUAUAAAGGACUGUGGGUUGUAUACAAACUAUUGCAAACUCUUGUGCAAAUCUGUCUUGAUAUAAAGGAAAAGCAAAAUCUGUAUAACAUUAUUACUACUUGAAUGCCUCUGUGACUGAUUUUUAUUUCAUUUUAAAUAUAAACUUUUUUGUGAAAAGUAUGCUCUAUGUUUUUUUUUUCCCCUUCCCCCAUUUCCUUGUAAAUACAUUUUGUUCUAUGUGACUUGGUUUGGAAAUAGUUAACUGGUACUGUAAUUUGCAUUAAAUAAAAAGUAGGUUAGCUUGGAAAUGAAAUUAAAAUUCACAAGUGUGUGGUCUUUAUUUCAGAACCCACCCUUUUUUCUUCACCCUAGCUAUUUUGCUACUGCAAUAUAUAGUCACAUCUCUGUCUCUGUUUCUCCAACUAGAAAUACAUAAAACUUUGUUAUCAAGUCAAGAUAUGAACACUAGUUCUUGUUCUUGCAAAUGAUCUUAUUUCAUUGUAAAGCCCAAGAGGUGCAGCUUCCAUCUUGGGAACCUUUGGAUUUGAUUUUGAGAAAGCUUUUAAACACUGCUUUGAAAAGACAAAAAAAAAAAAAAACCACCUUUGAAAGAAAAUUUAAAACAUGUCUAAGCUGCUGUCUGAUUACUGUGUUCAUGGUUUGGUGUAGCUGUAUUUUCUUUUAACUAUCCCAUUAAAACGGUCUUUGGGAGUAUAUAAAACUAUAUGAACACCACAAAAACCAGUGGGGCUGUACCUCCCAGGUAAACAACACGUUGUGUUUGAGUCUGCUCAUUUCCAAUACUGGAUGAUGUAUGUAAACAUGUUAUGUCUUAGUGCAAAAAAGAAACAUCAUUUUUUAGGACUGGCUCGCUCUGUCAGGCCUAACCUAAAGGCUAGAUAUAAAGUCAUGUGACUGCUGCUUCAAUAAAAUCAAAUUUAUAUUGGAUAAAA